UCAUUUUUGGUAAAAUUGAACUUUAUACCCUCCUUUCUUCCAAUUGAAAAAAUGGGCCCAUUUUUUAUAUUUUACAAUUUUUUUUUAGAUAAUUCUCUGUCUGAUACUAAUGAAGAAAAGCCUCCACCUAUUUUCGAUCAAUCAACAGCCAAACAAGAAAAUGGCCAAUCUAAUAAUGAAAAAAUUACUGAUAUGCUCAGAACUUUAUUUAAUCCAAAUAUUUAUCCUUUGGAUGAUAUUUUGGUUAUGUCAGCUACUGGAAUUAGCAACAACACAAAUAAUUCGACUGGACUUUUAACAGAUAAUCAAUUAAACGAAAAUCAACAAAUUGUUAAAUUGUCCCGUAUUGAAUAUUUUUCGGCUGCUCAUCGACUCAACAAUCCAAAAUUGAGUGUUCAAGAAAAUAACCAAUUAUUUGGAAAAUGUAAUAAUCCGAAUGGGCAUGGACACAAUUACAAAUUAAAAGUGGUUUUGGAAGGGCCAGUAAAUGCUGAAACUGGAAUGGUUUACAACUUGUCGGAUCUCAAACGUGAAAUUUCUCAAGUGCUUGAACUUGUUGAUCAUAAAAAUUUGGAUAAAGAUGUGGCUUAUUUUAGGUUUUAA